AACUACGCUGGAGGGAAACAUGGACAGCUUUCCCUCCAAAUAAAUGGGCACUUUACUCAACGCUCUCUCAAUAAUAUAUGAUAAUUGCACGCAUUCGGAGACGCCGCACAUGCAGUUUAGAACCCUAGACCUUUGCCCUUUAUGUGCAACGAGGAAAGUUGGAAUCAUGGGUUAUUGAGCUGAAGUUUCAGGAUUCUCUCAUAUGGGUUUCUUUCUUGGGAGAACAAAGAUUAUAAGCGGUUUGGCUAAACCCCUUUUACUGUCAAAUAGGCCUGCUUUCUCCAGGGGAUUCAGCUCUGAGCUCUUUGUUAGCAGAUUAUCCUUCUAUUCCACUGAGCAGAGUUUGAAAGAUGCAUUUUCACCUUUCGGAGAAGUCAUUGAAGCCAGACUUGUGAUCGACAAAGCGACUCUGAGGCCUAAAGGAUAUGGUUUUAUUCGAUAUCAAUCUGAAAUAGAAGCACAAAAAGCCAUGAAGGCCAUGGAUGGCAGGUUCCUUGGUGGAAGGCUGAUAUUUGUAGAAGUUGCAAAACCUAGGCCUGAAGUAGGGGACGAUGCCUCCCAAGUGAUGGGUUCUAGUUAGUCUAUGGAGUUCUUUCCGCAGGUAAAAUGGUAGCGGGGUAGUGGACCCUAACUAAGAAAAGGUAGUGGAGCCAGGCUACUACAAAGGAAGUAUGGGCUGAUCUAAGCUACUGUCAUUCUAUAGAGUUUGGGAGCUCAGCUAUCUUUUCCUAGAGCUACAAAACGCAGCGACCGGUAUCGAAGAUCGCGAAGGCUCAUAACUGCGACGAACAGACAGCUAACUCCUAUUUUUUGCGUUCAAGUUAUGGAUUCCCAGAGCUCCUUUGUUUUCUUUGUGGGACAGCAUGUUGGAUAUGUUUAUACUGGCUUGAGGAAAGUUGGUGGAUUUAUUUGAGCUCAUUCUGAAUGAAUUUUGCAUUUGAUGCAACAACUUUUUCCUAUAUAGAAGAAAAUGCUGAUCUUGCGAGCA